AUGGAUUUGCCAAAAACAUAUCUCGAAGGAUUUCAUUAUUUAAACGAUGUAAAAAAGUUACAAUAUAAUAAUCUGGGUAAAACUGGACUUAAAGUUUCGAAAAUAGGAUUCGGUGGUGGAUGUUACGGUUUACAAUAUGGGGAAUUCGAUGUUGAAACUGCACAAGAGUCAGUAAUGGAAGCAUUAAAAAAGGGUAUUAAUUAUAUAGACACGGCACCGUACUACGGCGAGGGUAAAUCAGAAGAAAUAUUAGGACAGGUAUUGAAAAACGUACCUAGAAGUGUUUAUUACAUAGGAACAAAAGUCGGAAGGUAUAGUUCUGAUCCUGUAAAUGGUUUUAAUUUUAGUAGAGAGUCAACAAUAGCAAGCGUAGAGAAUAGUUUAAAAAGACUUGGAUUGUCAUAUAUCGAUUUGAUACAAGUACACGAUGUAGAAUUUGCUCCUUCUGUCGAUGUGAUCAUUAAUGAAACCUUACCGGCUUUACAAGAAAUUGUAGAAGGUAAAAAAGCAAGAUUUAUUGGAAUUACUGGUUACCCCCUUGAUAAAAUUCUGGAAAUUGUUGAAAAAAGUAAAAUUAAAAUCGAUUCCGUUUUAACUUAUUCAAGAUUGACAUUAAUGGAUGAUUCAUUAAGGGAUUAUUAUUCCAAAUUUAAAGAAAAAGAAGUCGGUAUAAUUCAUGCAUCUCCAACUGCUCUUGGACUUUUAACAAACAGAGGAUCAUGGCCUUGGCAUCCGGGAAAUUUCCUUCAUUGUGAUUUAUGCCUAAAAGCGAGUCAAUAUUGCAAAGAACGAAAUGUUGAAUUGGGAAAUUUGGCGGUUAAUUUUACAUUAACACAACCGGAAGUUGAUGUUCAUUUGAUUGGUAUGCCAACUAAAAAUUACGUCGAUAACAAUUUGAAAAUAUUAAUUAACGGUUUAUCGGAUUAUGAACUUGAGGUGACAAGAGAAAUUAACGAAAGUCGAACAAUAUAA